CAUAAGAUGAAGAAACGCUAUGUGGACGCGAACAGGCUUCGGAAAAUGAAAAAGCUGAAAAUAACGGAGAAGCUGUCGGAAAGUGCGUACACCGUCCUGAAGUUCAUGAUGAUGUGGACGCUGGUGCUGCUGGCCGACUUCAUCCUUGAAUUCAGACUGGAGUAUCUGUGGCCGUGCUGGCUCUUCUUUGGGAGUGUGUACACCACUUUCCACUGCCACGGGCUGGUUAUUUGUGUUGUUUUUGUUUGUGCUGCCUUCACUCUGGACAUCUUUUGUUUAAUUUUUGUCCCUUUGCACUGGCUGUUCUUUGUGGCGAGCACCUAUGUAUUAUUCAAUUACAUAUGGCACACAGAGAAAGGCAUCUGCAUAUCGACGGUGUCCCUGUGGAUUCUGCUUGUGUACACAGAGGCUUCACUUCGACUCAAAGACCUUAAAACCUCUCAUGCCAACCUGUCUCAUCUUUUUGCUGCACACUGCAUUGGAUAUCCUGUGGUGUAUCUGGGGUUUUAUGCCACCUGCUAUUUCACCAACAUCUUCAAGCUGCGCAUACAGAAAUCAGUGCAGAGUGAGAACGACUUCCACAUGCACCUCCUGCAGCACUCGCUCCCUCCAGGCCUGCAGGUUUACUCCAAGACCGGCACAGAUGGCAGCAGCAGCUCAAAAUGGAAGGUAAAGCCUGAGUCGACUCAGUAUCAGUGUCAAAACGGCGCUGCAGGGGCCCAUGAUGAGAGACACACUGUGGACUGCCUCCAGAUCCGCAGCGAGGAGAGAGCGACGGAGAAGGGAACGCAGGAGGUGAGGUCAGCCGAGUCAAACCGCCGGCUGUCAUCCUCCAAACCCGGUGAGUCCAGAGAUCUGCUCCACUGUGGGGCAGGAGGACCAGAAUCCUCGACCGCCCCCGAAAAUCUACCUCAAGAUGAGCAAGGAGGCAAAGCAACGCGGGCGGCUAAAAGCUCCUCGCCAAAAGCCCGCAGAAGCAGCACGAACACUCCCUCGCCGCCUGCAGGGAGGACCGAGAAGAAACAGAGAUCCAGCUCAAAAACAGUCAGCCCCAACCGGGACGCAGCAGACAAGAGUGCCACAGCAGCCCACAAUUACCACGCUGAGCAGAUGAACAGGCUGGAGCAGGAGCUGAGGAGGCUGAAGGGCGAGCUCCAGACGAGCAGGCAGAGCGAGCAGGAGCUGCGAAGUCACAUCUGCAACUUGACCAACAGCGAGAGGAGCCUGAGACCAGAGGUUUCCCUGCUCAGACAGUCCAACAUGCUGCUGCAGAGCAAGAUUCUUUGUCUGACUAAAACCAAGCAGAGGGACAAACAGAGCAGCGCCAUGCUGGAGAAGAAGACCAGAGCAGAGACGGAGGCCAGACUCUCUGCUGAGAAACAGUUGGCUGAGCUUCAGGCUCAGAAACUGGAGGAGGCAGCCAGCACAGCACGGAGUCUAACGAACAGGCAGGAACACUGUGAAACCCAAAUGUUAAGGAAAAGAGUAAAAGAUCUAGAGACAGAGUACAAACAACUACAGCUGGAGUAUCAAGUGAAAGAGAGUCGUGUGGUAGAUCUAGAGAGUGAUGUUGAGGCUCUGGGAAAGUACCGCUGUGUGGAGAAAGACACGGACAUGAUGCUGACCACGCUGUCGGCCAUGCAGGAGAAGGCUCAGCACCUGGAGUACAACCUGAGCGCCGAGACUCGCAUCAAGCUGGACCUGUUCUCGGCUCUGGGAGACGCCCGCAGGCAGCUGGAGAUCGCUCAAGAUAAAGUGAUGAAGCAGGACCGGGAGAUCAGGGAGAUGAAGCAGAAGAUUGCCGAGGUGAUGGCGGUCAGUCCCGCCGUAUCCUACAUGGCCCCGCGGCCUCCGGUGCCGCAGUAUCUCACCAAGUUACUCAACUCUGAGCGCUACAUGCUGAACCCACGAGCGCUGAUGUACCAGUGUCUGAAGAAAUAAAGGACGUCAUCGCCUUCUUCAGAUCCGCAGACCUCUUUGGCAGACUCCCGAAAGCCUAACGGAUUUUAUAACAGAGCUAAACGACACCAUGAAGUCAUCUACUUCCAGCCAUGAGUGGAGCCAGAAUGACCCUCCUCAAGUCGAAUGCCUUUUCGCUGCACUGACGGUGCUAACUUGACAUUACUGCAUAUAUUUCCUGAUUCAUCACACGUCAAGGGUUGAAGAGUUUCACUCCAAAAUACGAUACCUGAUACGCAGGGCUGAAGGGAUGCAGCAGAGAAAAGCGCGACAUGUCUUCAGAUUCAGGCCCUGAUUCAGAGAUGAAACACUGAACGACUCCUGUUAAAGCUUUGUUCAAAGAAAGCUGGACCCCAAAACGAUGAUCUCACAUCAGUAAACAUGAAUUUGUUGUUCAGGCACUCAGUUUAAAGUUCGCUACAAGCCACCUGCUGUCGCUUUAAAAGACCUGAUGACUCACUGACUGGGUUUCCUGUCACGACAGUAAAAGUCCCCACUCAGUAAAUGCAUUCAAAGUAUCAAUAAGUAUACAUAAGAUUUAGAGACUAUAAUGUUUCAGUUGUUGAUCUGCAGCGAUAUUGACUAACGCAUUCAAAGUAACAGGAUACAAUUUUACAAUCUUGUUCAUCUCUUUGAGCCAAAUGAUUUUUAGAUAUUAGAACAAAAGGAUCUAAUAGGCCUUAAACAGCAGACAUUUUCACUCGUGUCCCAGUAAGACGUGACAGAGAGCCAGCAAGCACAAUACCAGGAAACUGAAGCGGCUAAAUGGAAUUCAGCCAUCGUUCAUUUUAUUAUGCUUUUCCUGUCAUGACGUGAUAAAAUGUCUUCUGUGGAAAAGGCCCGUUGAAAUACUAAGAUUUCAUGUUCAUUUAGACAUGAGAACUGUGACAAAUAUCUUAAUGCAUGUCUCAAUAUCAUUAUAGAGACAUGAGGAAUUAUAAUAUGGAAUUAUUAAAUCCCAUUUACAGUAGUUGUGUUUAUGAGCUACCUUUGAAUUUAAAAAAUAAAAUAAACCUUUAUUUGAUUAGAUGCAAAUAUUAGGUCCAAUAAGUAUUCUAUAUACAAGUCUCUCAAAGCAUAAAUAUAAUUAUUAACUGACGACAUCUUCUUAUUCAAGGCGAGUAUGCAGCAAGAUGCUCGUUUGUGCCUGUAAAUAGUGGAUUAAGAUUAUUUGAAUUGUGCUGAAGAUGAGAGUCGUGAUAACACUUUUUAGCAUCUUUUGGAACGAGACCCUUCAGAGUUGCGGACAUUUCGAUUGAACAGGCAUCGGGGUUUGUUUUGUUUGUUUUUUUUCGUGUGAAUCUUCCUGCCGGCGAUGUGGGAGUUUCUCGAGAACGAGCCGCAGCGAUUGUUGAAUUAUCAGAGUGACCUGAGAUGCAGCAGCAGGAGCUGCGAUUAUCUCCCUUUGUCUCCACUGACAGCUAACGGCUACAUCUUGACGCUUGGCACCUCUUCAGUGGCAAACUCCUGGAAAAGAGAGAACGUGUGAAAAGGCGAACUGAACGCUCGCCACCGCGUUUGGGUGGCCAGAAUUACACUUUGAGUUGAAGUGGAGUUGUGCAUAACGAGGAAUGGCGUCGACCAAACGUGGUUCAUGAAUUUAAUUACUGUGCCUAUAUACAUUACUUUCAAACUGGGAAGUAAAACACAAAUUUAAUGUGAAAAAGUAAUGUGUUUGAAUUGAAGUGCUAUGUACUGUUUUUGUAUUCUGUUUUCUUUUUAACUCACGUUGUACAGAAUUGAAAAUACCCACGCAGCUGAAAAACGCUCCUGAGCUGGAUGUCGCCAUUUUGGUAGCUUUUUAUUUAGAGUGUGUUUCUAGGGUGUUUUAUAUCAAAAAUAUUUUUUAGUCUUGCUGUACUUUUAUUAUACUGCUGUAAUUUUGUACGGCAAUGUGUUUGUCAGCAUGAAAACGUGUUUUCUUCAACUGUUAUUUGAGCACACAUUGUGACAUUAAGUAUGUACAUGAAUAUACUUG